UGUGAGUCCGGACGGGCGCGGGGCCGGCGAGGCGCCGGGUGGUCGGACCUUCGCCAUGAGCAACGGCGAGCCCGCCCUGUCCGCCGGUGGCUGCUCAGAGCCUUCAGAGGAUGCGGCUGGCCUGCCGGGAUCUUCGGAGAGCGAGGAGGAGGUGGAGGUGGAGGACCCCGUGGAGGACCGCUCUGAGGCUGAGGAAGGGUCAGACACCGACCUGGACCUCGAAGAGGCCGAGGGAGCACCCGACACUACGCAGGCAGCCCGGUACCUGGCAGCCUGCCGGGGCUACGGCGCAGUGCCCGUGUCCGCCUUUUUCCGCCACAUGACUGACUCGGAACUCUCGCUGCCGCAUCACGGGCUGGGGCCCCAGGACGCACGAGCGCUGGCAGACACCUUGAUGACCAACACCUGCAUCGUCAAGCUCAACCUGCGAGACAACGUGCUGAGCGCCCCCGGGGCCGAGGCCAUCGCUGGGAUGCUGAAGGAAAACUGCUUCCUCUCCGAUGUGGAUUUAUCAGAGAACAAGCUGGGCGAUGGCGGGAUCCAGACGCUGUGUGCCGCGUUGCUUGACAACUCCACCCUGCUCAGACUCGGCCUCUCCGGAAACCACUUGGGCGCCCGGGCCGCGGGUCACCUUGCCGACAGCCUCCUGGUCAACCACAAGGUGGAGUCGCUGGACCUGAGCCACAACCAGCUGGAUGACCGGGCGGGAGAGUUCCUUGGCCGGGCUCUGGCCGAAAACACGGGCGUGAAGGAGCUGUCCCUUGGCUGGAACCACAUCCACAGCCCUGGGGCCGUGGCCUUGGCCCGAGGCCUGGAGGCCAACAUCUUCCUGAAGGUCCUGGAUGUCUCAUACAACGGGUUUGGGGAUCCGGGGGCCGCGGCCCUGGGUGAGGCUCUGCGAGGAAACAAUGUGCUGGAGGAGCUGGACGUCAGCAACAACCGCAUCUCCCCGUCUGGAGCCUUGCGCUUGGCCUCAGGCCUCCGAGAAAACCGAACCCUCAGGACCCUGGUGAUGGCUAGAAAUCCCAUGCGGAGCGAGGGCUGCGUCGGUGUCCUCAAGUCUGUCCAGGCCAAUGCACGGUCAUCCCUGGAAAUGCUGGACUUCACGGACAUCAGCGUGAACAAGGACUUUCGGGAGCUCUCUGAAGCAGUCCGAGGGCUUUUCCCCAGACUCCACAUCGUCCACGGAGGGUUCCCGGCGCCCUUCAGGAGAGACCGACCUAAGAUCCCCGAUGAAGCAGCAGCAUGAGGCCGUGGCCUGGCACCUCUGCAGACUCGAAUGCUUGCCUCUCCAACUCCAUGGCUCCAGUGGCCCAAGAUACCCAGUCUUCCGGCUUCUGGGUGUAUGCCAUCAGCCUAGUGUGGAGUUGGGAGGGGGUCCCCAACCCUGGGACCAAGAGAGAGCUGCUCCUUGCACUCCACCAUCAGAUUGUUUCAAAGACCUGCUGCCCUCCCCCCUGUAACUUUCCAUGGGGGUAAAUUGGGGACGGAGUGAGAAGGUGCCUUUGUGCCCCACUCCCCCUCACUCCUCGUCCCUGGUACGGCCUGCAGAUAGACAGACCCCCACACUCACACCCUGCUGCCUCUUCCACCCUUCCUCUGCUCAGCCCUGAUGGUGGCACAGGGCAGGAAACUGGAGAAGAUGGAGUUUCUCAUCCAAUAAAGAGGUAAUCGCUUUCAGCUCCGU